ACAAGUGGAAGCGGAAACGUUGACAUUUGAUUCCCCGGCCAAUCGGAGGGCGAUCUCUGCUCUGAGGAAGGAGGUGGACUUGAGUAUAAAUUGACCUCGAAUUGGGGUGAAGAGACAGAUCAAGCCAUCGAAGGAAAGGAAAGCGCACAAUCGUCAAACCCACUUGUCUACAGAGUGAAGCGGCCUCCGACGCAUCAUGAAGACUCUGACUCUCCUCCUCUCCAUCUGUGCCCUUCUGUCUGUGUGCUGCUCCAUGGGAGCUGUUGAGCCAGAGGUGGUCGUGGACCCUGCUGCUGACACGGCGGUUGAUGCUGACGCCUCUGACGCCGCUGACGCUCCUGACGCUCCUGACGCCGCAGACGCCGCAGACGCCGCAGACACCGCAGACGCCGCUGACGACGCUGACGACGCCGACGCCGCCGACCCCGCUGACCCCGAUGCACCCCCCUCAUCCUCGGCUUCGGAUUCUUCCUCGGACUCUUCUGCGUCAGACUCAAACUCCAGCUCCUCCUCAGAGUCCUCAGAGUCCUCCGAAUCGUCCUCCGCUGAGUCUAACUCCUCAGCGUCCGACUCUUCUUCCUCUUCUUCAUCCUCCUCAUCUUCAUCCGAGUCAGCCAGCGUGGAGGAGGUCACUGCAGAGCCUGAGGUGAUCAUGAAGAGGGACCUGGCUGCCGUUCUCCUGAGGAGAAGGAGAGCUGCCCCAGCAGGAGACCUCUCCCCCCUGCAGCUGGAAAGCCUGAGGGAGGUGUGUGAGCUGAACGACGCCUGUGACGAGAUGGCCGAGACCGCGGGCAUCGUCGCCGCAUACGUCGCCUACUACGGAGCCGUCCCCUUCUAAGGCCGAGGCCCCCCCCCGCGGGCGGUUCACUCUGACCUUCUGUAACAGAACAGUCCAGCAAACUCCCCCGAGUCCUGACAAGGAGCAGACAAUCACUUAAACCCCCGUUAGAUGGAGAUUAUUUGUGUAGAGGGACUAACCCCUGCGCAAGUGUCCGGCUUGAAUGGUGCGGUAGGAAGAGGCCUAUCCAGGCUUCCAGCGAGAGGCGCAUGAAAACGCAAGCCUGUGAAAUAUGUAGUAGCCCACACAAGAUUCAGUUAUUCUCUAAUAGUAAUGAAUGUUGCUAACAAGUGAAGACGUAGUGUAUAUUAAUGUAUUGUUAUUUGUUUGUGUUGUGCUUUAGUGUUACUUUAACUAAAAGUAGUUCUUUCUAAUCGUAGUGGGUGUAGUAAUGAGGUCCUGCACUUCCAGCAGCAGCAUAUUGAUAGUGGCAGUGUGUGUAGGAUUAGUUAUCCAUAAUGACUGUAACCACUAAUGGCCUCUGGGUUUCAAAAUAAUAAAUUAUUUUGUAAUUGUCA